UCAUUUGAUUCAACAGACCACGAAGAUGCUGAGUUCUCACUCAACCUCACACACUGUCUAACUCAAGUGAGUUUCAACAACAAAUUAGUUUGGUGACAGCAAGCUUCGUCAAUCACCAUGGAAAUCGGGAUCCAUGAUCUUAAAAUCCCCUCAUUCUCUCUCCUAAAACUCACAAUUCUCAUAUUAAUAUCUCUGCACUCUUUCAAAUUCUCAAAUGCCUCCAUUCACACUUACGACCAACAACUCUUCACUGAAGUCGGCAAUGCUUACCUUCUUGCUGGUGGCAGCGAAGCCAUUCGCGCCUCUCGUUCUUCUCUCUCCUCUCCCAUUUCUACGCGGAUCGUUUCACACUCUCUUCAUGAUGGAACUUCCUUUAUCCGAUUUGAGAAUAUUACAUUCUGGAGAAGUAAGGAAGUUGCUGAAAACAAUUCCGACAAGGACCAUGGCUCUGGACUUGUGCAAGUCGUGAUUUUUGAAGCAGCUGAUCGAGAUGAUAUUGGCGGUUCUGCUUAUGGUGGACAGCGUUCUAUUUGCUGCACUCCUGAUCUUGCCAAACUCGAAGGAUGUAAGCAAGGGGAAGUCAUUAAAAUCCGGUCAUCUACUGAUAGUAAUUGGCCAAUGAUUCUAAAUGUUAAGUUUAAGGGGCGUUCUUUAAGAACUAGGAUGCGCAGACAAGAGGUGUACAUCACAAAAACAGGAAUGUAUAACUUAUUCUUCAUUUCUUGUGACCCAAAAUUGAAAGGACUAGUUAUGAAUGGGAAAACUGUGUGGAAAAAUCCUGAUGGCUACUUACCGGGUAGAAUGGCCCCAUCCAUGAACUUUUAUAUUUUCAUGUCUCUUGCCUACCUGGUGCUAACCUCAAUAUGGUUCUUUUACUACUGGAGGUUUUGGAACGAAGUACUUCAACUUCAACACUGCAUCACAGCGGUGGUUGCUCUGGGAUUGUUUGAAAUGACGUUUUGGUAUCUGGAUUAUGCUAAUUUCAACAGCAGAGGCAUUAGACCUGUUGCACUUACAACUUGGGUUGUAACUCUUGGAGCUGCAAGAAGAACAGUAUCACGUCUACUUAUUCUUUCAAUUUCAAUGGGUUAUGGAGUGGUGCGUCCUACUCUUGGCGGUCUUACCUCCAAGGUGCAGGUUAUUGGGGCGACUUAUUUCUUGGCGACUGAAGUGCUAAACAUUGCGGAGUAUGUGGGCACAGUUAAUGACAUAUCAGGAAGAGCAAGGUUACUACUUGUCCUUCCUGAUUCAUUUCUGGAUGCUUUUCUAAUCUUGUGGAUUUUUACUUCUCUUUCAAAGACGCUGGAACAGCUACAGGUGAAACGAAGUUCUGUAAAGUUGGAUAUUUACAGGAAGUUCUCAAAUGCACUGGCUGUUUCAGUGAUUGCUUCAGUUGCAUGGAUAGUAUACGAGGUGUAUUUCAAGGCUACAGAUCCUUUUAAUGAGCGGUGGCAGAGUGCUUGGAUUAUCACUGCCUUUUGGGACAUUCUGGCAUUUGCAGUGCUAUGCAUAAUUUGCUAUCUAUGGACUCCAUCUCAGAGUUCUCAAAGGUAUGCUUAUUCAGACGGAGUGGGAGAAGAAUUUAACGAUGAAGAAGUACAAUCUCUAACUUCAGAGAAAUCUGGGGGCGAUGUCAGUUUGGUCAAGCAAGGACAGGAAGCAAGAAAUGGUGGAAAUGAUGACGCCUAUGAUUCAGAAGAAGAUGAUAAUCAACCUAGCAAGGGUGAGUAAAAGAGCACUAAAAAGGAAAGAAUACAUAACUGCAAAUUUGGAAUUUUGCUUUGACAGCCAACACCCAACACCCAACACCCAACACCUGUAGAGAUUCAUUGAAGAAGCUUCUAGAAGUUGGUCAAAGACGUGAUCUAAAGAUAUACAAAGCCUGUCCCGAAUUCUUAGGUAAAAUUGCAGGAGGCAGAUAUAAAGGAGUGUGCAUGGGCCCAACAGUUAUUCUGUAAUUUUGUUUGCCUCUCAUGUAUGUUUGCGAGUUUGUUAUCAUCUUUGCCCUCCACUUUCCACUUUCCACUUUCCACUUUCCACUUUCCACUUUCCACAGCAUAUUUGUUUGAUUAAUAUGUACUUAUGUAGUAUAACAUUCAAUUAUAUCGAAUUACCUUUCUGUAAUACUCAACUCAAAGUUGUUUUUGUCUAUCUAACCAAUAUCGAAUUAAAAUUGUUUUUGUC